AUGGAGGAUUCGUCCACGUGUUCUACUGCCUCCGGGCGACGGCCUUUUCGAUAUUCGUCCAGCUCGGGUUCGAUUGACCUACCGUGGUUUUUGCAUCUGGAUCACGAAGAUGAGGUCGUCUACGAUAUCACGGAGAGUCAGCAGACAGUCAAAAGCGGCACGUUGACUGGGCUGGUCGAGCAAUUGACGCGUCACGACCGAUUGGAUUCCUCGUUCAACGAGACGUUUCUAAUCACAUUUAAUACGUUCAUGAUAGCCCCAGAGCUGUUUGAUAUGCUCGUUCAGAGGUUCUAUAUUAAACCACCUGAGGAGCUAGAUGAAACAGAACUGGAUCAAUGGAUGGAGCAUAAGCAGCAUGCUAUCCGUCUACGAGUCAUCAAUGUACUGCGCAACUGGCUCGAGCGGUUCUGGAUGGAACCCGAUAACGAAGACACGAGAAACUUUCUACGACACGCGUACACCCUAAUUAAGGAUUCGCCAGAGAUGAUGGCCACGCCGACAUCGUCGCAUCUGCUCACUGUCGUUGAUCAGCGCUUACAAGGCCAGCACUCCCUCCGGCGACUCAUUCGCACUCCAACAUCCUCUGCGCCACCUCCCAUGGUCCCCAAGAACAUGAAGAAGAUGAAGUUACUCGACCUCGAGCCGGUCGAGUGUGCGCGUCAACUCACGAUCCUCGAAUCAGGGUUCCACGGCCGGAUCAAGCUCUCCGACUGUCUGAACAAAGGAUGGCAGAGACGAGGCCCUGAUAAUUCGGACCCGUCAACGGCAGUGAACGCCAUGAUCUUGCAUUCCAAUCAGCUAGCAAACUGGGUCGGCGAGACCAUCCUUUCGCAGAGUAAUAUGAAGAAGCGCGUGGCGAUGAUGAAAUACUUUGUGAAUGUUGCCGAGGAAUGCUGCAAUUUCAAUAACUUCGCCACCUUAAUGUCCAUUAUCUCCGGACUGGGCUUAACGCCCGUCUACCGCCUCCGAUUCACCUGGAGCCAAGUCAGUCGACGAACGCUCGCCACUCUCGACGACCUCCGGCAGCUCAUGAGCAGCUCCAGAAACUUUGUACAGUACCGCGAGACAUUACGCGACAGUGAACCACCCUGCGUCCCUUUCCUCGGAAUCUACCUAACAGACCUAACAUUCCUCGAAGACGGCAUCCCUAACCAUACCUCCACAGGCCACAUCAACUUCACGAAACGCGCCAAAACUGCCUCCAUUCUCCACGACCUCCAACAACACCAAAUCACCUCCUAUCCCUUCCAACCCGUCCCCGAACUCCAGGACUUCCUAACUGCCGGGAUCCGGUCUGCAAAAGACGUACAUGAGAUGUACGAUCGGAGUCUAGAUCUUGAACCGAGACAGCAAGGCGAGGAGGAUUUGCCGGGAGGGAGUGAUGUCGGGUAUGUGGCGACAGGGAGUCAUAUGAGUUCUGUGGUUAUUGCUAGUAUGGUGCUGAAGUAA